GGGAGAGGAGGAGGGGGAGGGGGAGGGAGGGAAAUGAUUAGGGAAAAACAUUGAAUCCAGUAGAAAGAAAUUCAGGUUCUCUAGAUUCUUGUUUGGAUAAAAGGAACUAUAGGUCUAAGUGGAACAGAAAAUCAAAUGUGAGUCAAUAAUUUGGUAAGAACACUAAUAAUCAGAAAAACAUCUAUUAGCUAUGUUCAAGAAAUAUGAAGAAUUUCCUCUUCUAUAUUUAGCAUCACUUAAGUAUUUUCAUAACAUUGUUCCUGUUAAGCUUUACCAUGCUUAUAAUGGUUUAAACAUGUUUACUUUGGCAGAGAACCAGAGCCAUUCCACUAGUCCUACCUGGGUCCCCAUGGAAGUAGUUAACAAUGUCACUGAGUUUAUAUUCCUGGGACUGUCCCAAGAUCCUGGAAUGCAACUCAUGUUCUUUGCCCUAUUCCUCCUCUUCUACUUCAUGAUCAUGGCGGGAAACCUGCUCAUCUUGCUUACUGUCUUUUCUGACCCCCGGCUCCACACACCAAUGUAUUUCUUCCUCAGUAACCUGUCCUUUGUGGAUGUUGCCUACUCCUCAGCCACAGCACCCAAGAUGAUUGCAGACUUCAUUUCUGAGAAAAAGACAAUUUCCUACUGGGGCUGUGUAACUCAGAUGUUUACCUUCCACUUUUUUGGUUGUGCUGAGAUUUUUGUUUUGACUGUUAUGGCUUUUGACCGCUACGCCGCCAUCUGCAAACCUCUCCAUUAUACUACCAUCAUGAGUGCCAAUGUUUGUUCUGUGCUAGCAUCACUGUCCUGGUUGGGAGCCCUGGGCCAUUCCUUUGUUCAGACCUUCCUGACCUUUCAGCUGCCCUUCUGUAAUGCUCAAGUCAUUGAUCACUACUUUUGUGAUGUCCACCCAGUCCUAAAACUUGCCUGUGCUGAUACAACCCUGGUAAACAUGUUGGUGAUUGCCAAUAGUGGUCUCAUCUCCCUGGGUUGUUUCCUCAUUCUUUUGGCCUCCUACACAGGCAUUUUAUUUAGUCUUCGGAAGCAGUCUGCAGAGAGCCGGCGCAAGGCUCUCUCUACCUGUGGAUCUCAUCUGACUGUAGUGACUUUCUUCUUUGUCCCUUGUAUCUUUAUUUAUCUCCGUCCAUCCACUACCUUCCCACUAGAUAAGGCUGUGUCUGUGUUCUAUACUACCAUCACCCCCAUGCUAAAUCCACUCAUCUAUACUCUGAGAAAUGGGGAUGUAAAGAAUGCCAUGAAGUGGCUAUGGAAUCGGAAGAUCUCCUUAAAGGAAAAACAGAAGGGAUAGUUUAUCAGAAUUGCAAAUUCAUAGAAUUAGCAGAUACUUUCAAAGACCACCAUAGAUUAAAAUGUUGGAAUAGUUUCUAA